CCUUCUGAUAAAAGAAGUCUCCUUGCCUUGAUGGAGGAAAAUGGCACUUUGGUGAAGGAGUUUGUCCUAAUGGGGUUCACUGUUGGGGCUGGGCUUCAGAUGGUCCUCUUCUUUACCUUUCUGACCCUCUACCUCAUCACCAUGGGUGGCAAUCUGGGCAUGAUCUUUCUAAUCCAGAGUAACACUCAUCUCCAGACUCCCAUGUACUUCUUCCUCAGCCACCUGUCCUUCUUGGAUGUGUGCUAUUCUUCUGUAAUUAUCCCCCAGAUGCUCGAGACCCUGAAGCCUGGGGGGGCCACCAUUGCCUAUGAGCGCUGUGCCACUCAGUUCUUCUUCUUCACCCUUUAUGCCAGCACCGAGUGCUUCUUGCUGGCCGUGAUGGCGUACGACCGCUACGUAGCGGUCUGCAAUCCCCUCCUUUAUGCCACAGCCAUGACGCCCCAAACUCGGGUUGGGCUGGUGAUGGGGGCCUAUUCUGGGGCCAUGGUCAACACCGUGAUCCGCACCGGUCUCACUUUCUCCCUUUCUUUCUGCAAAUCCAAUUAUGUAGACUUCUUCUUCUGUGACUUACCUCCCCUGCUGAAGCUCUCAUGCAUGGAAACUGGACCCCGGGAGCUGGUCAUUUACCUCCUCGCCUUCACGGUGAUCACAACCAGCAUAAGCAUCAUUCUCAUCUCCUACCUGUUCAUCAUCAGGGCCAUCUUAGGAAUCCGCUCUCUGGGUGGGAGAGCCAAGACCUUCUCCACCUGCGCCUCCCACAUGACUGCAGUGGCGCUCUUCUUUGGGACCCUCAUCUUCAUGUACCUCCGGGGGAACAUGGGCAAGUCCCUGGAAGAGGAUAAGAUUGUGUCUGUGUUCUACACAGUGGCCAUCCCUAUGUUGAAUCCCAUUAUCUACAGCCUGAGGAAUAAGGAGGUGAAGGAGGCUCUGAAGAAAGUAUUCAACCGAGUGAAGAUCUCUCAAGCAGUGUGA